CCUCAAAUCUGUUCUUUCCUCAUCCAACUCAAUUUCGUAACGCCACUUUCUCCUAAGUUUUGACCUCACCACACUCCAAAUUUCCUCCAAAUUCCCAAUCAUUGGCACCCAAAAUCCAAUAAAUUGACAAUCUUUUCUUCAAAUCUCACUACCCCAGAUCAAAUUUUCAAUCCCAACAACCCCAAAAAUCUCUCAAAAAUAGCCAAAAAAAUUUGCCAAUUCUAUAUAUUCGUACCAUGUAAAAUCCUAAAUCCCAUAAAGCCCGAAUCUUUUCUCCAAAUCUCAAAACCCCAGAUAAAACUAUCAUUCUUAAAACCAUCAAACUUGUCAAAAACAGCCAAAAAAUUGCCAGUUUUGCCAAGUUUUAGCUCUUUUAUACCAUGUGUCAUGAAUCAAAAAUAUAAUCUUUGAUGCCUAAAAAAACCCAAUUUAGUAAAAGUUCGUCUGAUUCAGAUUCUCCAAGAAAAAAUCUUGGUUCUUUAGUUUCUUCAGAACCAGAACCAGGACCAAGCAGUAACAAAAAAUCUUCUGUUUGGUCUGGUUUUUUGGUUUCUCCUUUUUCAAUCUUUGAUACUGAGCCAAAAGGGUGUUUAAAAAAAGGUGACUUAAGUUCAAAGAAGUAUUAUAAUGGUAUUGGUAUUAAUUGGACUAGUGCUGUGAAAAGAAUGAUGAAUAGUGGCUCAAUGAGGAGGAUUUUUGGGAUUAAUAAAACUGGGAUUCCUAAUGGCUCUAAAAGUGAUAUUUGGCUUUUAGGUGUUUGUUAUAAAGUUGUUCAAGAUGAUGAUCCAUCCAUUGAACCAACUCAAAGUGAAGGUUUUUCUGCUUUUGUUGAUGAUUUCUCAUCUAGGAUUCUUGUUACAUAUCGAAAAGGGUUUCCUCCUAUUGGAGAUUCUAAGUAUACCAGUGAUGUUAAUUGGGGUUGCAUGCUUAGGAGCAGUCAGAUGCUUGUUGCUCAGGCUCUACUUCUUCAUCGAUUAGGAAGAUCUUGGAGAAAAUCUUUGGACAAGGUACUCGAAAGUCAAAACACUGCAGUACUUUCAGUUGUUAAAAUGCUCAAUUUCCAAUUUAAAACCACGAUAUUGCACAGUCAGCCGCAUGACCAAAAGUAUGUUGAGAUAUUGCACCUUUUUGGUGAUUCAGAGGAGUCAGCUUGCUCUAUCCACAAUCUCCUUCAAGCCGGGAAGACAUAUGGUCUUUCUCCUGGAUCAUGGGUGGGCCCAUAUGCAAUGUGUCGCACUUGGGAAACAUUAGCACGAAGCAAGAGAGAAGAAAUGGGGAAUGCUGACAUGUCUUCUCUCAUGUCUAUCUAUGUUGUAUCUGGGGAUGAAGAUGGCGAAAGAGGCGGAGCGCCGGUGCUCUGUGUUGAGGACAUUGUCAGGCAUUGUUCUGACUUGUCAAAAGGCGAAGCUGACUGGAUACCUGUUCUUUUCUUAGUUCCGUUGGUUCUUGGACUUGACAAAAUCAAUUCAAGGUAUCUUCCUUUACUGGCAGCUACAUUCAGUUUUCCUCAAAGCCUUGGGAUCCUAGGUGGCAGACCUGGAGCCUCGACCUACAUUGUCGGCGUGCAGGAUGAUCAAGCCUUUUAUCUUGAUCCACAUGAAGUUCAGCCAGUUGUUGAUAUUAAAACGGAUAAGUUAGAUAUUGAUACUUCAUCUUAUCACUGCAAUACUGUAAGGCAUUUCCCUCUGGAUUCAAUUGAUCCAUCUUUGGCAAUCGGAUUUUAUUGUAGAGAUAAAAGUGAUUUUGAUGAUUUCUGUAUACGGGCAUCUAAGUUGGUGGAUCAAUCAAACGGUGCUCCAUUGUUUACGAUAACUGAAACUCGUAGCCCAGCCACAUCAGUUGAGUAUAACGACAGGGUGACUAGUAAUUCUGGGGUUCCAGAACUGGACUCCUUCGAUGCUGUGGGCCCGGGUGAGUCGGAUGGUAGUAGACCUGAAGAUGAGUGGCAACUCCUUUGAUGUAAGAACACUUUCAGGAUUAUAAAGUUGUAAAUAAUUUCGUAGGCGGUCUACUUGAUUGCGCCGGUGGCCUUAAUGUGUUCCAUCUUGUUUGGUGCGCGAUUUCGACUAAAUUACUGCUGUAAGAUAGACAUACUUGUAGGAUCCUCCUUUUGCCUUACAAUUUGAUGUUGUCUAUAAAUUAUCCAAAAAUGGGAUGGUGUAUGGUUCAAUUCAUUUUUUUUCUAAGUACAAAUGCAGAAGAUUGAAUAGUUGUUCCCCUAA